GUUCGCCCGCGGCGAGAGUGGGAAGGAGGAGAAGAGCGGCGCUCAAGCCCGCGCAGGCGCAGUGAGAGCUCGCUUUCAACCCGGGCAAGGCGGCGGCGGCGAAGUGUUGCAGUUUGUGGAAGGACCUCAGCUGAUCAGAAGAGCUGGAUUUAGGAGAACAAAAGCCGAAACCAAUUAAUUCUUUUUCCUGCGCAAGUUUUGAAAGGAAGCCUAUCUCCAGAAGUGUCCAAAGAAAAUGUCUUAUGGAUCCAUCGAUGGCGGUGGGUUUGGUAGCAGAAAUACCUUUGGAGGGCCAUCAAGGCAGGGAUAUCAACCUUUAGCCACCCAGAUCGAUCCGAACGAAAUUCAAGAUAUUUUUCAAAGUACUUCUGCCAGCGUUUUCCGAAUUAAUGCCAACGUGACAUCUUUGGAAAGAAGUCUUAAAUCUCUGGGGACAGAAAACGACACACCGGAACUACGCGAUGGCCUCCACACAACUCAACAAGAGACCAACAAAACCAUCACUACGUGCACAAGUGCUAUCCGACAGUUGUCCGAGGGCAUCAGAAGCUCUUCCAGGCAAGAACGACUCCAGCUCGACCGGCUGAAGAAUCAACUUUCUGAUGCCAUUCAACGAUAUGGAACGAUACAGAAGAAAAUUGCAGAGAAGUCCAAGGCUCUGUUCCCAGUAGGUCAGAGGAGUAAAAAGCAGCAAAGCCCCAAGACACCUUUCUCUGACCUGGCUGAUGAUGAGAAGAUAUUUGGUGGUGGAGACAACUCACAGCUGGAACAGAGCCAGGAAAAUGCCCUGCUCUCCGAAAUCACAGAGGAGGACCUAGAAGUGAUCCGUCAACGUGAAGAAGCUCUCCAGCAGAUUGAGAGUGAUAUGUUGGAUGUCAACCAGAUCAUUAAAGAUCUGGCAUCGAUGGUUUAUGAACAAGGAGACGCAAUAGAUAGCAUUGAAGCAAACAUCGAGACGGCCUCCGUGAAUGUCGACUCCGCCAACGAACAUUUGGCGAAGGCCAGUCAGCAUCAACGGCGAGCGAGGAGAGUGAAAUGUUGCGUGAUCUCCGCCGGUCUGGUCGUCCUUCUGAUCUUCAUCAUCAUCCUCUCCGUUUCCAUCAAGAAAUAAACCCAGCUGGCCUUCACAGAUGCUUCUCAGAUAGGUGAGAAACACGUGCCAGGAGAUGGAAGAUUUGAGACUGGAGCAGGUUUCGGAGCUGACGUGUGGGACAAUAUUCCUUUGGCGCCUUUUUUUUUUUUUUUUUGGACAAAUAUGGUUACCUCUGCAAGAAUGCACCCCUAAUAAACACUCAAGAGCUUCAGAGAGAAAAUAAAAGUCAUAUUCAGCAAAGGAAACACAGGACGCUGUCAUUUGUAUAGCUGUCGUGUCCCACUCCUCCGCUGACGGCCAGGUCAGGGAAAUCCGAAUCAGGCUUGCCUCUGCAGCUCUGCCCAAAGUCCUAGCAAAGUCCUCAGAGCAGGCAGGAGACCAGAAAGUGACUUCAGCAAGAUAAGUUCGACUUUGCCUGACUCAGAGACUGCCAGAAAGCAGAUCCUUUAUAUAGGCCAUGGGGUGUGGCUCCAUGACUCAGCACUCAUUAAGGCCUGCCCCUCCCUUCCUUCUGUUGCCUCCGCCUAUCCAGUCUUCUGAUGCGAGGGUCACUCCAAUCAGGAGCUGUUGGAAAUAAACCUUCCUCAGGCUCACAUGCUGUGGAGGAGGGGGAGGGGUCUAGCUGCUCCGUUUGCCUGGGCAUGGAGCCAGAGCUGGGGCCGGGGGGUGCUCCCUCCUCUGCAGCCUGCUUGGGCAUGGAGCCAGGACUGGGACCGGGAGGUGCCCCCUCCUCUGCAGCUUGUCUGGGCAUGGAGCCAGGACUGGGGCCGGGAGGCAUACAUUCCUCCAUGUUCGGGAGCAGAUAAGAAGGCCCCGGCUGCUGUGAGAGUGGGCAAGACACAACAAUAGCGAAUAUCCCUCACUUUUCAGCGGUCCGGAGAUACAAUUUAUGAAAAUCCUCCUUGGAAUUAUUGUAGGGAAUAUUGCACUGAUGGGAAGCAACUAUUCCCUGUCUCGGCGAUCGGUUUUGUUAAAAAAAAAUCAUCGAAUUUUAAAACCGGCACCUCCAAGUUAGCUUCCUUUAGUAAAUGAUUGUUAUCUCCAGCUACCAGCUGAGUCUUAUUUGCUUGAUUCCCUUCUUUGGACCACACAGCGUUUUGCUUAGAAGUAAAUCACAGGAAGCAAAAUAAAAACGAAGCUGAUUGGUGUCUUGCCGAUUUCCUUUUGUGUGUGCAUCCUUCCUCGAAGCCCACUUUUCAGCCAUUC